AUGAAGAUGAUACUCAGCCGCUCUCUCUGCCUGGUCCUCCUGCUCAGCUGUCUGAGUGAACUCAUAGAAAGCCGAACUCUGCAUCUGGACAGCUGCUCUGUCAAUGUUCACACACACGAGCUGCGCAAAUAUUACUCUACCAUACGAUCAAAUGUGAUAGCAGGAGACACUGUGAUCGGAGUGAAAUUCCUGAAGAAAUCACUGAUUAAUCAUGUUCAGGACGGUCAGACGUGCUGUUUCGUGCGUCUUGUGCUACGUUUCUACGUUGAGAGAGUGUUCAGCAACUAUGCCUCUGCUCAGCCACAAGAUCAACGCUGCUCCAGCGCUUUGGCCAACGCUUUUGUCAGCAUCAGAAAGGAUAUACAUAAAUGUCACUGCCACUGUACAGAGGAGACACAGAGAACAGUUGACUCCCUACAUGCUGAGUUUAUCAAGCUAGAAAUAAAGGAGGCGGCACAGAAGGCAGUGGGAGAACUGGACACUGUGCUGGACUGGCUGGAGGGACUCACACAUGAUCAAACACACACAUGAUCAGACAGACGCUGAGCAAAAUCAACACUACAGUUAGGUGCAU